UUGAUUGCACCUGUGUCUCAUUGUCUCCCCUACCUAAGUAUAUUUAGUCCGGGUUCCCCACCCUUUGUUCAUUGUUGGUUUGUUGUCCUUGUCAUGUGCAUUUUCCUUUGUACUUUGUUCCCAUGUCAAGCAUCCUGGCAUGUCUUAUCUGUGAGUUCUGUUGAGUUGGUUCUUUGUUCUCUUGGACCUUACCUGGAUUAUGGACUUUUGAACUUUGCCUGCUCCCUAUUGGAUUUGUUUGCCUAGUAGGAGCGAUUCCCUAGUUUUGACCACUGCCUGCCGGAAACACGUGGUCACACUCCCUCAGAACACCUUGGGUUGGAGGGUACAGACUGUUCAGAAGUUGAAGUAUUUCAGUGUUUGCUGAAAUGACACCAGGUUCAAACCACAAACUGGCAAUCUCAAGGAAAGGUAUUGAAAGGAAUUGCUGCAUACUGUGCAGACAACAGAAACCCAGAUCUGAGAGGAUCUGCCACUUUUCAGGGUUAAGGACAAAGGAUCAGAGUCAAAGACAUACAAAAUCACCCUGCCUUAGGACCUGUCUGACGUUUUGCUUCAAGGACCGUGCGAGGAUGGAGCAAAGGGAACCACCAGUGGAUUCUCAUGCUGAAGGGACUGAAGGAAGACUCAGAGAACUGGCUUCUCAGUGGUUCAUUCAGACUCAAGUGCCACUCAUUGUCCACAACGGCUUCUUCCCCACUUGGUUCCUGGGCUUCAUCACAAGAAAGGAUGCUGAAGAAAUACUCAGAGAAAAGGAGCUGGGUUGUUUCCUGAUCCGUCUUAGUGAUAAGGCCAUCGGAUACAUACUGUCUUAUAAAGGCAGGGAUCGAUGUCGACAUUUUGUGAUCAACCAAAGUGAAUCAGGGCAGUUUGUAGUCUGGGGAGACACUGAAGGACAUGAGACAGUCUCUGAUCUCAUAGAAUACUACAAGACAAGCCCCAUUCAGCCGUUUGGAGAGUAUCUGACAACCUCAAGUUUUGAGGCACUGAAUGAAGAGCUGUAUGAUAUCAUCCAGGUUAGCCCUAAAGAACAGCCUGUGGCCACUGUCAGAGCUGUAAAGAACACGCGAAAACAACAGAUGAACCCGGCUCCAGAGCAGCCACCUACACGGCCACCAAAGAGCAACAGGACAUUAGAGGAAGUACCACCUUUGCCUCGGAGGAGCAGGCACCUUGACAGUGGCCCCCUGAACGACCAGGACAGGGUUUUGUAUGCUCAGCUCAAGAAGCAAUCACCUAGGGAGAUACCAAGAUUCCAGCACGUCUGUCAGGACGAUUCUCCUGGAGAUAAUCCCAGGAGGGGUGAGAGAUCCACAACCCAGGCUCAGACCACAAGCAGGUGUAGUCCUCCAUCUGGAACGGACUCUAUUUACUCUGUGCUCGACCUGCUGGACAGCAAGAGCAGGUCUCUACCGCUUCUGAACAACAGCUCUGAAGGAGAGCAGCCUUACAGGCUGAGUGCACCCCUUCACACGCCACAGAGACUUUCCCCCAAGCCCUUCAGACAAGCCACUUGCUAUAGCCCACCGCCAGAGAAGACAGACUCAUGCAGCAGCCACAGCCUGGAAUAUAUGAGUGACAAUACUGUCUAUCACCUGGCUGGCAGGCCUGGUAGCCCACACACAUCGUCUGAUAUGAGAAUGUCAUCAGAGCAGCAGAGUGAUUCAGUGUAUGCUGAGGUCACCGGUGAUGCCCUCAUUGGCCGCUUCCCUCAUGACAAUACAUACGAGCUGCUUCCUGGCCACGAGGACGCAGCCAAACCUAAACCCAACCGUCUGGAGGACAUCAGACCCAAACACAACCACUCAUCCUUGGGGUUAAAGAAUGAUAAAUGGAAAUGGCUGUUCCCUGAGGUCAAGAGGAAAUGGUGAAGAGGUUACCUUACCAGCUACUAAAGAAAAUGUUCACUAAUUUUACUGACACUACAGUGGUCCUGCCAUAAUACACACUGUGAAAGCUUCUGUUAUAUAUUCAACAUGGGCUUACAUGCUCAUAGCUAUUCAAAUGUCUUAUGUAUUUUUUGCUUUUAAUGUAAUUAUUUAAAAACGAUAAUGCAUUUACAUUUUCUUUUCCACAUGUAAGCCAAUGAGCUAAACAAAAUAUUGUAUACUGAAAUUUUGAGAAAAAUGUCAUUAAACACAAAUCCAUAAAUGAGAUUCAAAAAGGAAAACUCACAACUCUUCUUUCUCAAAUGAUUUUAUCGAUUCAACUUCAGAGAGAACAGGUACUUUAUUAUCUUCUAUCAUCUGUAGCUCUUUUACUGUCUAAUUAUUGUUUUAGAAGUAGUCACUAAAACAACAGUAACUAAUACUUCAAAGGCCUUUCUGUGUACUUGAAUGCUUUACUUGCUCAGUUAUCUAAGCAAUUAAAUACAGGAACAGUUGCUGUACAAUUUUAUGCAGAGGUAAAGAAACAAGGUGUUUCCCCUGCAAGUGUGGAAAUGCAAAUCAGGACAUAUUAACCCACUAAAAUAUCAAAUCAUUUGAAAGAUCAACAAUAUUGACAUUUGUCAUUUUCUUUCACAACUUAAAUCUAGAUGAUAAAGUGUCACUGGAAAACAGAAGGAAAUGUGUUAUAACAGAUAAACAAGACGGACAAAACAGACAUAAGAUGCUAAGUGCCUGAUUGUGUAUCACUGGGUUUGUGCACCUGUGAAUAACACUCAACAAAAAAAGUCCACUUACUUCUUCUGGAGUUUUUAGCCAUAUCUCAUGGCCCUCAUCAGCGGGUUGAGUUUGCUCAGUUAUCAUGGAGAAUUAAGUAUUUAUAAAUAAAUACUUAAUUGCUAAAAAAAAAAGAUUAAUCAAGAUAAAUACUUCAUAAUUAAUUUUCAGAUAGAAUGGGGAGACACGUUUUUUUUUUUUAAUAUGAUCUGUUUAGUCAGUUUUUCAUUAUCCGUUUAUACACAUCCGCUUAUACACCAGUUAUGGAGGAGUUAUGGUUGUUGACAAAUACAUUAGACACUUAACAGUUUCUCUGUCUGAGCUUGCAACUCUAUACUGCAGUGACUGUGUGUUAUGAACAAUUUAUUGUUAAUAUACUGCUUAUAAAUGCUGAAUAGGGUAGGGUUAAAAUAAAGUAUCACUGUCUUGUUGUUAACAAUAUAUCAAUUUCAAGAAAAAGUAAAUAUGCAGGAAACAUUGAUACAGUACACAGCAGCACCGACUUCCACAAGUAUCUCUUUGUCUGCCAUUGAGCAGUUUUUAAGGCCUCCACUGUCAUCACACUGUGAAAGCUUAAGGCACCAUCUUAAAUCAGAUCAAAUUAAAACAGACAAGGUCCCAUGGAGUGACAUCAGCGUGAGUUUCACACACUGUUUGGCCGCUCUCAACCUCAGAAACAGUUCCUUACAGUAAUGGCUGCUUUACAGCCCCAGUAUCACAUUGCACCAGAAGCUUCUCUGCAGGAAUCAUAAUUAACAGAUGUUCUCUGUGAGACCAGUAAUUAAUGAAGCCACACAAUCAGCACUGUAUUACCCUGAAUAUUUGAUACUGCCCUCAUAAAGGGAACUGGAGAUAAUGGAAUGAUGAAUUAACUGGCUGCUCUGAUGACUGCACACUGUUUAACUGACUUCAACAUCCUCCUCUUUCAGGCAAAAUAAGACUCAAUAUCAACUUUUAAUUUUUCAUAGAUGGCAGUGUCCGUGAGAGAAAUUAUACCAUCCACCAACGUGGCUCUAUUUUCUACAUUCAUAUUUUCGUGUUAAUCUGCAUGCAUGUUUUUUUUGUCUGCUGUCUCACACAAGAUCCAGCCUGAACAGUAGACUAUCACACAAAAUGUGUUGCAGUGUUUGUUAUUUCCAAUAGCUAACAGGAAAGAAACUGCCUCCUCAACAACACACUUGAGAAAAAAUGGUCUAGGUCUGUGCUGGUUGCUUGUUAUGUUAUGUUGCUUUGGCCUUCAGCUAGUGUCAGUGCCAAUUUCUACUUUGUAACUGCUCUGUAUUUCUCAGACUCAGCACCAAUAAACCAGGUCAUAUUUAUUUAGCAGCCAUUGCACUUGGUGGCAAAAUCAUAAAGAUGACUCAGAUGUGACUGUUAGCAGAUGCACAGCCUGAACAUCUUAGUGACUGAUAACAAAAUGUUCUGCGUAUGUGGCUCCCCAACAUCCACUUGCACAGUAUGACUCACUAGUACAACCUGAAAAUAUGAACUGUACAUAAACCACACAGUACGCUCCACAUGUACCUGAUGCAAAUCUGUACCCUACAGCCCAGAAACCAGGACCUGUUAAUCGUCAACUGACACAACCAAGGCCAUUUUCUCCAGCUCUCCCGUUGAGAUUAACUGUGUGUGCAGGAUGUAAUCAUGCUUCCGAGUGCUGAAGCAGCUCACUCCUAAUGAUCACAUCCUGCUUAACAAGUUAUUACAGCUUAUAUGAUGGGCUAUGCAGAGGCACCGUCAUUUCCUGAUCUUUACUGUGCACACUGCUUGAUCAUCAUGGGUGGGUGGGUUGAGUUGAACUGGUUAUAUGAACGGGAUAUUACUGAACCCAUUAAAGUUGCAGGUCAGGCUAGACACUUGAAAUGAUUAGUUUCUGGUUAACAGACAGAGCGCCUAUAUUUAAGGAUUUUUUCGGGAUUUUUCAAUGACAACAAUAAACCUCUCAAAUGCAUUCACACAAAGUAAUUCACUCUGAACACAGAAAAAAAAAACAUUUAUUCAAAGUAAGACAAAUACCUGAAGUCACAUAAAAUACUGUAACGUGUAUCCAAAAGAUGGCUGUAUGUAAUAUCUCAUGAUAUUGGCUGAGGCAGAAGAUGAAAGCUACCAAAAUUUGUUCAGAUGACAGAGCCCUUCAUUUAACUGGAGAACAGUAAGAUGUGAUUGUCAUCAUGUCCCAGUUCCACAAACAAAAAAUACAACCUAAAAUGACUAAAAGCAAUACACUGCAUGUACAAAUAUUGCAUAGCUCAUAUAAAAUAUCUGUAUGCCCUUCAUGCCAAUGCUGUGUUUUCAUUCACUUCAAGCUUUGUCCUUAGCCUUAUAAAUACUAAUUAUCUAGUGUGUCAUUGUAGGAAGACUUCUCUGGGGGUAUCUCAUGUGCCGUAUAGGUAGAUAUGCAUUUUAUGCAUUCUUGAAUGUGCUCAAUAAGCAGUAAUCCAGAGUCUGGCUAAUUUCGAACUUGUUUCAUUGACCAUUUUUCAACCUUAAAAUGUGGAAAGAAUAGCCUUUUCUCCCAACAAGAGACCAAUCAAGGUCAAGCCCUUUUAUAGGUGGUGAAAGGAAAAUACAUUUUCAUCUACAGUAAAGAAAAUCAGGAUCCAGGAUUCAGUAUUUUGCUUUUUAACUAAGAGCAGAUUUCACUGAGGCCGGAGAGGACUGAUGUAUGAUUUUUUUGACGAUGGGAGUGGGAGACAGGCACUGUGCUGUGGCCAGGACAGAGUGCAGGUAGAGUCCUGAGGUUCACCACACUGCCGACCUUGGAAACUUUCCACGGAGCCCUCUCAGAUUCGUAUAUGGAAGGUACU